AUGUUAAUGUACCAGUAUCAUGAAACAAAAAUAUGGAGUGAAUCAGUGCCAAGCUUCUUUUUUACCGAUACAGUCUCUCUAUGUCUCUGCUAUGAAGUGAAGACGCAUGACAUUUAUCAAGAUAUGCUGGAAGAUGGAGAACUGUUUAAGACAUCAGGAUACGCACGAGACCAUUCUUUACAAAGUAUAGCAAGCAGGAAGGAAAGUCCUUCGACUAGAUGAGACACACGUCAAUUCAAGAAUUUGUUGGUUGAGACCUAAGGGAUAACAAAAUCAGUCACUAAGAAACAAAUUAGGCAGAGAAUUAUAAGGUCUGCCUAUUUAUCUUAAAAAUGAUGUUAACACUUUAACUCAUGGACAUGAUAAGAUAGCCAUGCAUGUGAUGCAAAGCAACUUUCACCAAGAGCUACAUCUCUUCCUAUGGAUCGGUAAGAAGAGGGCGAUGGAGAGAUACUACUAAAUCGACCAAGUUCAUUGUUAAGAUGGAGUAAAAUAUGUAUACUUUUACAGGAUAAAGGAGCUGCAAAUGAAACUGCAAAAGCGACAAGAGGAAAUGGCGACAAACUUUAACAUUUUUUUAAGAACGCAGAAAAACGGAAAACAACCAAAACAGAAGACCUUUAAAGGACAGUAGAACUGUAAUUUUAAAAACAAUAAUACUUAUUUGCCAUUACGUAUUUGCACGUAAUAAAUAAAUAAAUGACAAAAAACAUAAUCUACGUGUUUGUUUUAUUUAAAGAUAUUUUAUACAUGCCGUGGAGCUUUAUCUGUCACCCAUGCCAGUGCAACUUCUCGUGUUCUUCUGUGAAUAUUAGUGUUGCUUCGUAUUUCCCAAGCCCUUUCCCCUCGGGAAUUGUUGUCACCACCUUUUCGUGUAUGUGACAUUAUUUAUAACACAACGUCUCAAUCAUCAAAACGAGGCUCUAUAACCAAGGUGACAUACUUUCUGGAUAGGUGUAUCGCAUGUUUUGUUAAGUCCAGGUGCAUUUUUCUUUUUCCCAAUUCUAUAUUAUUGCCAGUCGUCUGACCACUCUUCUUCUUACUCCCUCCUGGCUUUCUGAUUCCUAUACAACUUCUGAUUGUUUGCUGUCCAUGACCCAGCCAUGCAUGUCAGUUCUCCCUUACAGGAAUCUUAUCUCCUUUAUAAAAAAUAAACAUUUAAUAUAUUUCCACUUUUAUUAUUUCUUCACAGAUGCAAAGAAAAUUUGUUUUUCGAAGUAUGGAUGCUUUUCCAUCAAUAAAUAUUUCCAAGUCAAACAUGCUGCACUACCGUCCCAUCCAAAUGUCAUUCAAACUAAAUUCUUCCUUCAUACCAGAAGAAAUCCCAAAAGUGCUGAAGAAUUGAAAUUGAAUAAUAUCAGUUCAAUCACGACGUCUAAUUUUGAUCCAUCUCGCAAAACAAUUUUGAUUGUCCACGGCUUUGCUCAUCAUUCCCAGAAACCCUGGGUGAUUAAGAUGAAGAAUGAAUUGUUAAUGAGAUAUUGGUAUAAUGUGAUCAGUGUGGAUUGGAGAAAAGGAGCGUCAUAUCUUACCAUGUCGUAUUUAAAAGUAAGUGUUUAAGACCGUUACUAAAAUCUAAAGAUUAUUUCUAAUUGAGAGUAAAUUAAGAAACCUUGAGAGUAAAUUAAGAAAACUCACUGUACGCAGUUCUGUAACUAAGAACAUCACAAGUAAGGUUUAUCCCUUGUCUGGCCAGUGUUAAUACUUGAUACAAGAGGAAUCGGACCUAGACUACGGUCCUGCAUUACUAAAAGAGGAAAUAUGUAUUGUAGACAAACUGGAAGCAAUUUAUUUCUUAAUAUAUGCAACUGAGGCAAUAAAAUAUUUGGAAAAGUGCGGUGAAUUUUGGUAUUUACGAAAACGGCAAAUAGCAUAAAAUUCAUUGUUUGGUAUUUGGCUUCUGCAAAUAUUUAACCUGAUUUGGUGGAAAAAACGUUGAAGUUGAAUAUGUAGUAAUAUAUGAGCUGAACACAGCAGCUUGUCAAGUCAAAACCAAAAUAAAGCUCAUCCCUCUUCUCCUUUUAGAGAGUAUGUUUUGGCCCGUGUGUUUCACUUUGCACCCUCGAUUAACAUUCUGUAUUUUCAGGCUGUUGCAAAUGCCCGCCUUGUUGGUGCACAGAUUGCAUAUCUAAUUCAAAUUCUGAAUGACGCCACGGGUGUAUCCACUAAAUCAGUUCAUAUCAUUGGCCACAGUCUGGGAGCUCAUAUAGCUGGGUAUACUGGGAAACGAUUAGCAAGAAAAAACGUCACGCUUGGAAGAAUUACAGGUAUGGAUUCAGAUAUUGUUUUAUCUGUUAUAUAUUCAAACGUUAACUGCAAAUUGGAAAUAAAUAACACACUGUCUGUCUUCUGUCCCUGUACUCAAUGUCAGACAUCAAACUAAAAUUUACUGAUUGUCAGACAAUUGUAUUCAUGCAACAAGAGAAAAAUGUCAGUGUUCGUCAAAUCGGCACCAGGAACAGUCAUAGUCUUGAUUAUGGUGCAAUGGUUUAUAGUAUAAAGUUUUUAAUUAUUAAACACUUUAUUAAAUUGGCGGCUAUAACAUAAUGUAACUGACUAUAAUUUGACUCACAAAUUAUGACAUUUUUAGCUCGAAUUAAUACUCAUUUUUUUCAACUGAUAAAUUAUGUAUUUCCCUGACCUAGGUCUAGACCCAGCCAGGCCACAGUUUGAAGGAAGCCAUGCUGAGGCCCGCCUGGACAAAACUGAUGCAAAUUUUGUUGACGUCAUUCACACAAAUUCCGCACCAUUCCUUUUUGGUGGAGCAGGAUUUCGCG